CUCCAUGCCCUCCACGUGCACGAACACAACCAUGGCCGCCGCCGCACCGUCGCCAUGCUCCCGCUUUGCCGACGCCGAGGAGAAACCACCAGCAGCAGCAUCUGUCCAGGAGGAGCAGGAUGAUGACGAGGAGGAUCGGUCCGACUCCGACUCCGACGUCGGCGAUGCCCUGGACUGGCUCGACGCCGCGGAGGGCCGUCCUUCCGCAGCCUUCUCGUCUGCAUCGGCCGCGCGGAGGCCCAACGCGCACGGCGGCGUCCUCUCCCGCAACACCCUCCAGCCGCUCUCCAACCGCACCCAGAAGCUCGCCUCGCGCUGCCGCGCCGACCCCUUGGAGGAGUGGGAAGGUAGACCGGACGUGGGGAUGUCGAAUUCAGUGACGACCGCGAUCAGGGAUUGCAUAAGAGAUUCUGCAAUUGGGAAAACACGCAACACCGGGAAGGCUGAUCGUGCUACAGUUGAACAGGCUAUUGACCCAAGGACACGCAUGGUUUUGUUUAAGAUGUUAAAUCGCGGUGUUUUUUAUAAUAUAAAUGGUUGUAUUUCUACGGGAAAAGAGGCAAAUGUAUAUCAUGCAACAAAGACAGAUGGCCAGGAGUUUGCAAUCAAAGUCUAUAAAACUUCUGUACUUGUUUUUAAGGAUAGAGACCGAUAUGUUCAGGGAGACUAUCGUUUCAGACAUGGUUACUGCAAGCAUAACCCUCGGAAAAUGGUAAAGACCUGGGCUGAAAAGGAAAUGCGAAAUCUUUUUCGAGUUAAAGAAGCUGGAAUUCGAUGCCCAUCGCCGUCGCACUUGAGGCUUCAUGUUUUGGUGAUGGAGUUUAUAGGAAAAGGAGGUCGGGCUGCUCCUCAUCUUAAGGAUGCUGCCUUAUCGGAUGACAAGUUGCGCAAAAGUUACUUUGAGAUAAUUACGACGAUGAGGACACUCUACCAAAAGUGCAAGCUUGUCCAUGGUGAUUUGAGUGAAUAUAACAUUCUUUAUUUUGAGGGACACUUGUACAUCAUUGAUGUUUCACAAUCUGUCGACCUCGAUCAUCCUUCAGCAUUGGUCUUCUUGAAGGAAGAUUGCCUGCAUGUUACUGACUUCUUUGAAAGACGAGGUGUCACUGUCAUGACAGUAUCAAAGCUAUUUAAUUUCGUGGUUGAUCAAAACAUUGCUGAUGAAGAUGUUGAUGAUUACCUGGAAAAGACAUUGGAUUACAUGAAGCAAUGCGAGGCAGAUAUUGUCAACAUGUCAAUGAUGCAACGCCCAUCCUUUGUUUAUGAACCAACAGCAGAUGAACUUUAUGACCAACCGCUGUUAGGAUUUGUGCGUACUAAAAAGAAGCCUGCUAAAAAACAGCAAGAACGAUCGGCACAAAAUAUAGUAGAAGAACCCCUGAAUAUACUGGAAGAACCCCUGGAUAUACUGGAAGAAUCCCUGGAUAUACUGGAAGAACCCUUGGAGAACAAGGAAAGUAAGGCUGCUCGGAAGGAACACAAGAAGAAAGUGAAGGAAGAAAAGAGGGAAAUUCGCAAGACAAAGAUCCCAAAGGCUGACAAGAAGAGGAAGAAAAUGGGGAAAGCCAAGUGCAAGCGGUAGUGGAUUACUCCAGGCAAUGAGUCCCAGGCAAUCAAUGAUUACAACCAGCGUUCCAGUUAGUUCUUGAAUGAAAACACGAGAUGGUCUUAACGAGGGAGUUUAGUCUGCAAGGGCCUUGGAUUUACAUUUCGCUGUACCAUUUUUGUCAGUUCUACUUAGAGUAUCAGUAGAUUAGUUAAUCCGCACCUAUAAAAGAUCUUUUCAGUUGUGAACACCUGAUGCGGCCGAAAUUAUACUGUAACCUAUCCCAGAUGUUGUUUACGGCUGCUGUUUAAUGCUUCAUAGUCGGUGCAUCUAGUGUCAA